AGGGUGGCAAUGACCAGGGCCAGAAUAAUCCUGGUCAGGCCACACAGGCCCUAAAGUAGCCAGAGGAACUCCAUUUUCAAAAUCUCUCUGUCUCUGAUAAGUAAACCAGACAGCACUUUGCACACAGGCACAGCAUGUUUGCACAUCUAAUGCAAAGAUCUAACCACACACAGCACUUCUGAGAAAUUCUAGCAAACUAGACAGGGCCUGUUUCAACCCACUGUCAGAGGAUGUAGCCCUGCCACAAAACCGCAGUUACACGUGUAUGAAAGUACCAGGUACAUAACGCCACUUAGUGGAGUUAGGUAAAUGACUUUGCAUCUUGGGGUGCUCUCUCUUGAUUGGUUGAUGAAGUACUGCAGAAAGGCUGGCCUUCACUCUGUCAAAAAGGUAUAAAAGCACUCUGUGUAUGCCCAUGGGUCGGGCAGAAUGAGAAACUCAUUCUCACUGCCACCAUUUAUUGCAAUAAAUGUUUUAAUAAAUCUGUUUUAUAAUAUGUACAACUGCCUGAGAUUUCGUCUGGUCAAUUUGGGAAGCCAGUCAUCCACCUUACAUUUCUGGUGCCGUGCGUGACUCGGAUGAGGGCAUUUCCCUGAACCAGAGGCAGUCCCCUUUUGCCCCACUGGACAGGGCGCAGAUUCCUAACGGCGCCUCUGGUCUGGUGCACACCGGCAGACUUUUUCCGGAGGAUCAGAGGUGGCCCUUGAGUUUCUGUGCCCUGGACGAAGAGGCAAAAGGACCGAGGUUGGAAGGGAAGAACAGGAAAAGCCGGCUGGGGUAAGUAGAAAGGGAAAAGGUACCUUGAAGGGAAUUGGCCCCCUUUAAUGAGGGGAAGGGAGAUCCUGAUCACAUCUCCAGCGUGUUGGUAGUACUCAGUUAAUCAGAGGUCAACUGGGAAAACCAGGCGCUUUGGGUAAGAGGCAAAGGGAGGAGGAAAAUGUGUAUGUUAGUAGUCAGUAGGGAGGAGGUCCCCUGACAAAUAGACAUUUAGGAAACAAGGAAAAACUGGGAGGUAGAGUGUGGUAAAGUGUCCAAUGCAUGGUAUGUGUGGCAAAGUUUGCAGUGCAUGCUCUGGUUGAAUGAGGGGAUACUUUACAGGGCCAUAAAUGGGAGGAGUAUGGUCAAGAGGAGGGAAAAAUGUGAUUUCCCUAGAAUUCAUGGUAGAUAAAUUCAGAAUGUCAUAAAAGAAAUUUAAUUUACAAGUCCUGCCAACAACAAGUUCAGAGAAAAAGGGUGGCGCAAACCAGUAUUCCCCCCCCCCAGAGAGAAGAAAGGCAUUUUGAGAAAGAAGAUGAAGAGAAAGGCAGUGGUUAAACAGCAACAAAUAAUGGCUCAAGGACCAGUGAGGAACCAGAAGGGGUUCAAAGGUCACUGGUGAAGGUCAGUUGCUAGGACGGAGAUGUCUCGGUCAAUGUAAAAGAGGAAGGAAGAGUGUUCGGAGAAAGAUGGGACAAGGGGGUCCCAGCAGAAGAGAGUUCGUCGGUUUGGCAGGCAUGGCAAAGAGCCAUGGUCAAGGUGACUUAAGAGUUACCUGCAUCUGGACUUUGUUAUAAAUAUAGGCACCCAGUAUUCUGCUUUUAAAUAUCCUUGAAACAGCCCCCCCCAAAAAAAAAACCAAAAGAAGCAUCAGACUGAUUUUAUGCCUAAAAGGGCUGUACAAACAGACAGCGGAGGAUUGGUUCAGAAAAAUCAUCUCUGCAACCUUUAGAAUGCUAUUCACCAUACUAGAAAUGAGGCUACCCCCCCCCACAGGAAACUGACAAAAUGCCAGUAACGGUGCUCAGAAAAUGUUUUCAUAUGCUUCAGCUGGCUUCAAAAGAAAAGAAAAGAAAAAAAUCAUGUACUUAAGUAGUUCACAACGCAAGAGACAAUAGAUUUUAUUUGAACAAUUAUAAUCUUUUCCCCAAGUCCUGUUGUAGCUGUGCAGACUUUAGUUUUUGGGGAAACUUACAAGAAUGGGGAAAAAAGAGACAUUUGAGUCCUUCUAAAAGCAAACUACGUUUAAAGGGUUUUACCCUCCUACCUGCAACCCCAUUUCAUAUGUUUUUGUGACAGCAACGUUGGAAAAUUUGUAGAACUGCAUAUUUUAAUGAAAUGAAUGUUUAUCAACUAAAGAAUUCAGGAUAAGGUAGAAGGAAGUUAUACUGAAUGGAGAUUUGUGUGUAAAGACAUUGUCUGUUUGAAUCUAACACUACCAUUGGAAGACAGGCUGCGAAAAAUCUCAAGCAGUCUCUCAAACCUCCGGCAGAGAUGUGUGGCGUAACCCCCCUUAUUUGGUUACACAAGCGAUUCUGCAUGAUUUGUAUUUGCACAACUUGCUUUCUCCUGCAACCUGCACUUAGAGACUGUGGCUGUGCCUGGCUGGUGUUGCCAUUUCGGACAUUCUAUUGUGUGACAUUGUGUGACCAAGACCGUUGCUGUGAAAGUAGGGAGAAAAAGAUGUUAUGCUUUGGAGGUCCACGUUUCAGCUUACAAAAACACUACUGCUCUAAAUGCUUUGACUUUAAAAAAUUUUAUGUCUCACGGAAACAGCCCGUUGCUACAAAGCAGCUGUAAGUUUUUUCUUCUUCUAGAAACCACAAGACUUUGCAUAAUUUGAAAAACAGGCUUCAGUAUCCUAGCAGAACUCAGCCGUCGGCAGCUGGAUGGGAGGCAAAUACGGAUUUAAAGGACCCCUCCUUAACCCUGCACAUGCAUGAAGUUCUGUGGAAGGAAAGAGAAACCACGGGGAGAUCCUGAAAGAUGGACCAGACGUGGAAUCCUGUUGCAAGCCUUGUGAAAUUCGGCAAAGACUGCUGUAAGGCACUGCUGCUAUAUCCCAGAGAUGACUUCUGUGUGCCAGACACACCUCAAUGUCCAAUACGUGGGACGCACUACCUCGGAGAGUUUGGUGGUGGACUAACCAGCAAGAAGUUCUAAAACAGCAGCGGCAGCUACAAGGACAAUCUCUCUCUCCCCCCCCCCUUUGUUUUUUAUCUACAGGAAAUCACUCGAGCGAAGAGCGUGUAGCCUUGCGGAGCCUGACACGAUGGUUCCAGCCUGACGCUAGCGAGUCCCUGAGUGAAUCCUUGAAGGAAGGGAGACGAGACCCUCUUCAUUCCUAGGUGGUGAGGUAUCCAUUCCAUCCGGUGAAAGUGCCUGAGAUGACCCCCUGGAUCCACACCCUGCUGUACCUAAUCAGGAGUGGGUACCCAGCGCACGGUGCACCAGUUUCCCCUUGCAGCGUCUGACCGGCAAAAGACGCCCAGCGCAUGGGAAACCGAAGUAGCCCCUGCUGUGACACUCCGGACGCUGUCACUCGACGCACGGGUUGAGGAAUGUCCAUCUUAUGCAGCACCAAACAUCAAGGAGACAAGGAGAUGCAGUAAAUCUUAGACCCUUAUAUAUGUAUGUAUGUAUGUAUAUUUGUAUGGGAGGCAUCAAUUGAGUGGGACCCACAGUAGAAGUCUACCUGCCCCCAAAGCAGUAUCCUUAAUUUGGAAGGAAGGGCAGUGUACCUGCCUCACUUGAGCGAACAGACCCAAAACAGUUUCAGAAAUUGGACCAUGGAAAAUUAUGGGAAGGGUUCCAGCAACUCCCUAGGUCAUACAGACAUGGGGUGGGUUCCAGCAACUCCCUAGGUCAUACAGAUAUGGGGAGGGUUCCAGCAACUCCCUAGAUGAUACAGGGCUAUAGCUGGGUUGGGGAUGUAACUGGAAGAAGUUGGCCAGGUGCACCCCUCAGUUCUGGCUUUGGAAAUGAUGGUAGCCCACUGAUGUCUAAUGUAAGCCUCUCCUGACUCUGGCAAACUGGAACAAUAGCCAUUCUUUCUGUAGCCAAAUGCUCAGCUAGGACAAACCUCCAAUUGUUAUAUAUAUAUAUAUAUUCCUGGCCUUUAGAACUGUGUAGGAACUUUUGAAACCCACUGAUUUGCAUUGAAGCCCAGUACUGAGCUGAGAGAGAACUGUGUAUUUUCCUGCUGACAUAAAGUUUUGGAAACAGUGGCUAAAGCCCCUUGGCUUUUAGAUUUCCAGCAACUAUAGUAUCCUAGUAUCUCUGAAGACUAGUGUGGCCAUUAUAGAUUCAUGGCCCACCUGAGAGAAAGAACCCUUUGUUGCCAAAAGUCUGUAUUGCGAUUUUUUUGUUGUGCCUCAAAUGGAAAUGCAAUGUAGUAGAAAGUGGCACUUGUGCUUCGACAAAAAUGAUGUUUGUAUAAUGCAAAUAUGUGUUCCCAGUUAGGUCUAACACGAAGGCUAAAAACUUCAACAGAAAAUGCUUAGGAGUUAUGGAAAUAGAUUAAUCAAAAGCUGAACCAGGCUUAAAUUCAGCAAGCAUUUUUACUCUGCUUUAUAGCAUCAAGCUGAAGCAGGAAAAAAAAAAAACUUUCAUGGUUAUUUUACACUGACAGUUCUGCAGACUGAAUGCCUUAAUCUACAGGCUCUCAGAGUUUGUGUAUAGCCCUAUGAAUUAGCUGAUGGUGUCUAUCCUAACAAUGAAUUAUCCUUUCCCCCUUAGGAAAGUUUCCAACCCCAUGUGUAUGUGUGGUAGCAUUUGUUGUGUAUUGAGUCAAAGGAUUUUAUAUCUGUAUUCUUAUUGUCUGUAUUUGCAUUAGGAUAAAGUAACUGCCUUUUGGUUCCAGAGGGUACAGCUACUAUUGGUUCAUUUAAGCUGCUGUAUUUGGAUCCUCUGUCUUAUUGGUUCCCUCCAAAAGGCAGCACUGUGAUUGCCUGAUAUUGUUCCCUCCAAAAUGUAUCCCUUCCUAGCCAGUCCCCUGUCCCUAUAAAUGUAGCCUUCCUGCCCUCACAGUCAGUCUUGUUCACUUUAAUAAAGAGCUGUUACUAGAGAACUGUCUCCAGCAUGUUUUGUCAAGAGAGCUGAAAUCACAAACCCCACGUCACAACAACUGGCGACGAAGGUGGGAUCCGGGAUGCUGAGGAGCGGUUAAACACAACCCUGCCUCAGAGUCCGGAUUGCAGCUGAGAACAAGACUCACUGGCCAGCUGAGAAGACGACCCUGCCCGCUAGGACAAUGGAGAGUCCAAGGGUAUUGGAGCCCUUCCAGCCAUCAGAGCCCCACACCUGGGAAGACUACGUCGAACGCUUCGAGUUCUUUGCAGUGGCUCAAGGGAUCACCGAUGCCAGCAAAAGAAGGGCCACAUUCCUGAGCUACUGUGGGCCCGAGACCUUCAAGCUGGCCAAGGCAUUACUUGCUCCAGCGAAGCUGAGUGAGACAUCUCUCAAAGAUAUUCUUGCCUGCCUAACAAGCCACUUGGCGCCUACUGAGACCAAGAUGGCCCGGCGGAUGGAGUUCCAUAAGAGGCAGCAGCAUGCUGGGGAGUCUGUAUCCGCAUUUCUGGCUGAACUCCGGAAGCUCGCUCAGCACUGCGGCUUCCAAAAUCUGGAAGAGACUCUCCUGGAUCGUUUUAUUGGUGGUCUGAGCAGCAAGAAAGCCAGAAGACGCAUCGUGGCUAAAGAAGAGGUUACCCUUGCUUCAGCCUUGAAGGAGGCCACCGCCACGGAGAAUUAUGAAAGAGAGGAGCUUGAUGCCAGUCGCAAGGCCACUAAGCCACAGAUAGAAGUUGCGCAUGCCAUGGACGAGCUAGAGGCUACUCCGAGCCAGAGCCCAGUCCGUGGGGUUGAGUUGGUGCGUCAGGCCUGCACAGUGCACAAAGAUCGCCGAGGCAGUUGCCCAGGUUGUGGCGGAAACCAUGAGCGGAAGAGUUGUCGUUUCAGGGAUGCUAUGUGCCGGACGUGCGGAAAGACGGGUCACAUUGCCAGGGUCUGUAGAUCGGCGGCGUCGGGAGCGACAGGAGCACCUAGACUGGAGCAUCGCAGACCGCCCACAGCACCUCGUUUUCUAAAGGACUGCCACUACGUAACGGAGAUCAACGGGAGGGCCGUGCAGUUUCCAGCGCAAGGCAAGGCACACGUCAAGGUGAAGAUUGAGGGUCAGCAGUGCGACAUGGAGGUGGACUCCGGAUCUGCAUUCACCAUCGUGUCGGACCAGACUGCGAAGACAUUCUUCCCCAGGGGUAAGUUGCCCCCUCUGGAGCCCUUCCCGGCAACCUUGCAGUCGUACUCAGCAGGCCGCAUCCAUGUUAUGGGAAUGUGUGCCGUGAGAGUACAGUUCCGGGACAAACAGGCUGUACUCAAACUGGUGAUUGCGAAGGGCAGUCGCCCCAGUCUCCUGGGCACUGACUGGUUCCCCGCCCUGGGACUGAGUAUCUCAGGGCUUAAUUCAAUCCAAACCUGCCCUGAGAUGAGCGAGGCAUUAUGCAAGGAAUUUGCUGGUCUCUUUAAUGGAAAACUGGGUUGUUAUAAAGGGCCCCCAGUUGACUUUGAGUUGGACCCCGGGGUGGCCCCAAUCCGACUCAAACCAAGGCGAGUGCCAUUUGCACUGCAACCCAAGAUCGAGGCAGAGCUGGAUAAAUUGGUCAAGCAGGGAGUUCUCUCACCCGUGGACUCUGCUAAGUGGGAGACUCCAAUCGUCACACCCCUUAAAGCAAAUGGGGAAGUCAGGAUAUGUGCAGAUUACAAAUGUACUAUCAAUAAGGCACUCAGGGGAAACUCAUACCCCAUUCCAGUCGUAUCACAUCUGUUGGCUAAACUGGCUGGGGGCAAGGUGUUCGCCAAAAUUGACCUGGCACAAGCUUACCAACAGCUGCCAGUAACCCCACAAUCAGCGGAAGCACAGACUAUUGUCACACAUAAAGGGGCGUUCAGAGUUAACAGAUUACAGUUCGGAGUUUGUGUGGCCCCAGGGAUUUUUCAAGGGCUCAUGGAACGCCUGUUAAGGGGUCUGCCGGGGGUCUUGCCAUUUUUUGAUGAUGUUUUGAUUGCUGGAAAAGACCCACAGGAACUGGUUGCGCGUGUCCGUGCAGUGUUGCUCAAGUUCAAGGAGGUGGGGUUGCAACUGAAAAAAGAAAAAUGCAGUUUUGGGGUGCCAACUGUGGAUUUCUUGGGGUUUAAAAUUGAUGCAUCAGGCAUCCACCCCACAGAUGCUAAGAUUAAGGCCAUCAUCGAGGCACCACGACCACAGAACAAGACGGAGUUGCAGUCAUUCCUGGGACUUAUUAACUUUUAUCAUUCAUUCUUACCCCAGAAAGCUUCGGUAGCUGAACCAUUACAUAGACUUUUGCAGAAAAAGACUGUGUGGCGAUGGGGGCGGGAGCAGCAGAAGGCUUUUGACUCCUUGCGAGAAAUGCUGAGUAGCAGGAGCGUCCUUGCUCAUUAUGAUGAGUCGAAGCCUCUGGUCCUGGCAUGUGAUGCCUCUCAAUACGGCCUGGGGGCUGUGCUGAGUCAUAGGGAACCGGAUGGGUCGGAAAAGCCCAUCUCUUUCUAUUCCCGUACGUUGUCACCCACGGAGCGCAACUAUGCUCAAAUUGAUAAAGAGGCACUAGCAAUUGUGUCAGGAAUCAAAAAGUUCUAUGAUUAUUUGUACGGUCGCCAUUUCUCCAUUGAAACGGACCACAAACCACUGUUAGGGUUGUUCAACCCAAACAAACAAACGCCACAAAUUCUCUCCCCCAGAAUGUUGCGUUGGUCAAUAUUCCUGAAUGGGUUCCAGUACACCUUGACCCAUGUGCCGGGGAAACAGUUGUGCCACGCUGAUGCGCUGAGUCGAUUGCCCCUUCCUGGCGGGAGCAAUGAGGAUCCUGCUCCGGCGGAGCACAUUAUGAUGCUAGAAACACUUCCGGGGGCUCCUGUAACAGCUACUGAUAUAGCUGAGAAAACGAGGAAAGAUGCUGUUCUCUCCCGUGUGCUCACUUGGGUGGGGAGGGGGUGGCCAGGUGGUCCGCAUGAAGAAAAAUUCAGGCCUUAUGCGACAAGGCAGCACGAAUUGUCCAUGCAUAAGGGUUGUCUCCUAUGGGGAGAUAGGGUGAUCAUCCCAGCACCACUGAGAAACAGGGUUCUUGAGACGCUUCACAUGGGACACCCAGGAAUGGUCAGGAUGAAGUCGCUAGCCCGAUGUUAUGUGUGGUGGCCUGGAAUGGACCAGAACAUAGAACAAUGGGUACGAACAUGCAAGGCAUGCCAAGAGGUGCGGCCAGAAGUGGCCAGAGCACCAGUCCACUGGUGGGAGCAGUCCAGGACUCCCUGGAGCCGGCUGCACAUAGAUUUUGCUGGGCCAUUCCAAGGGAAGGUCUUCUUGGUUAUCGUUGAUGCAUAUUCCAAAUGGUUAGAAGUGGCGAUGGUCCCUAGCAUGGCAUCAGCUGCCGUAAUCAAGGUGUUGAGGCAGCUGUUUGCAACCCACGGGUUACCUGAGACCAUUGUAUCAGAUAAUGGGGCAGCUUUUGUAUCCCAAGAAUUCAGGGCAUUCUUGGCUGAUAACUUCAUAAGAGGGGUCACAUCCGCGCCCUUUCACCCAUCCUCCAAUGGGCAGGCUGAGCGCAUGGUACGAACAGCCAAAGAAUCCAUUGCGCGCUUAAUGGAGGGUAACUGGUCGGCUCGCAUUGCACGAAUGUUAUUUUUGCAGCAUGCGACACCGUGUACUGCGACGGGCAAGUCGCCAGCCGAGCUGCUCUUAGGUAGAAGACUGGUAACGGUGCUGGAUUAUGUCCACCCAGAUAAAAUGCCAAACCAUAAUUCAAGAGCAACCCCCCAGGAUGAGACUGACACAACAAGGUAUCUCGCCCCUGAAGAUCUGGUCUGGGUGAGGAACUAUUCACGAGGUCCGCGGUGGGUGGCCGGUGUGAUCACCCGGGCUAGUGGACCUGUGUCCUAUUAUGUGACCUUGGAAAAUGGGCAAGUUUGGAAGAGACAUAUAGAUCAGCUGAGGCGCCGGGCGCUCAGCAGGGAGGAGUCAGAUAAUUCAUCCCUGGCUAAUGACGCACAGCUGCAAGACCAGAGUGAAGAUGGCCCAGCCCACAUUUCCAGUACGGAUCUGAACUGCGUCCAGUUUCUCAAGUGGUACGAGAGCAGCUUUUUCACCAGGAUGCCGAAAGGUGCAGGGAAAGUCCAUGCUCUUGCUGAAGCCCUGGACCAAUUUGGGCAGCGAUUCCUAGCAGGCUCUUGA